UGUGUUAAAUAAACAGUACAUUGUGUAGUAAAUUGAUAAUAACACGUUGCUUUACAAAUAAACACCAAAUACUUUAGGCAGUGCAUUUAUUGUAUUGAUACAGGCCACAUCUCUCUUGUCAAAUAUUUAGUGUAGCUGCAGUAUACAAAGGAAUUAAGGUUGUGUAAUUACAGCUGAUAUUUUGUUUCACUAGUCAAUACAGAAUAAAUAAAUUAACUACCAUCUUUGUGUAAUUACUAUCUUUCCUCUUGAAACAGUAGGAAUUUGAAUUUCUUAUCCACAGUACAAAGUAACCCAACCCCUGAUUAAUUAAAUAUUAGCUAAGUUUCUCUCUACAGCUGUAAAUUGCACUUCAAUGAAGAGAGUGACUUGCAUUCUGAAUCAAAAUUAAUAAUGUAAAUGCACUGAUUGAUUCUCCUUAGGACAAUGAAAAAUACAUCACUCUGACAAAUGUGUUUUUUUAAGUUAUCCACAUUUCUAUAUUUGUGAGCUAUAAAGAAAAGAGGGGAAGGGAAAGAAAAGGAAAUUUCCCUAUUCACAGCACACAUUGAAGAAUUAUAUGGUUUUAGUAGACUGCACACUUAGGUAGUUAGUAUUGUCCAGCAGAUACGGAUUCUUUGUUCCCUUCUAAGUAAAACUUAGAUCUGCACUUCUGUUAAGUAUGUAUUAAUGAAAGACUUUAAGCUUCAGCUUUCAAAACAUGACUGCUAAUUUUGAGUGUUUCUUCUUUCAGAGAAGAUGUUAGAGUACAACUGCCUCCGCUUCUGUUCUUUCUCUGUCAAAGUGGGGGUGACAGCAAUUUGUAUUUGUAUUGUCACGACACUGAAGAUUCUCUACCAAAAGUUAGAAAUGUGCUGCUUGAGGGGCUUUAGAGAAUGCUUUGGCAAAUACCCUCAGAAGAAAGUUGCUGUUCCUCACUUGUAUACGGCUGAAACAUGUUGUUAAGGAUGUGCUUCUUCAGCUAGUUUAAGGAGGCCAAAUUACAUAAAGCAGUCUGCAGGCAGUCUUCAUUGGCCUAGUAGGAAUGUUUACCACCUCUCCCAGACAGGCAGAGUGUCUCUCAGGCUCCUCAGGACAUUUCAUUUCAAAUCAAGAAAGAACAAGAUCUCUGGAUGCACAAGGUCAGCUAUGUGCAGACUGACCCGGGGCAGUGUCUUCUGAGCUUGUGACACCACAAUGCCCAAUUCUUUUCACCAGGAGUCUCAUCCCGAUGUGUGCUCCCUCUCAGAGGCAGCGGCAGGAGAUCCCCUACAGUGAAAUGAUGGCCUCCUCUGAUUUCCAGCUGCAGUGGCAAAGGCCCUUGUUUAAGCUCUCCUGAUGAUGGAGUCCUGAGCUGUGCCUCCGAGUCCUGCCCAGUGCUUCCCGGUUUUACUACAGGCAUAAUACAACAAGGUUACCUAUCCACUUCAGCUUCAAGAUGAAGAGCAAAGCUUGUCAAAAGCUGUCAGUUCUCUGCCUUGCUAUGUCCUGCAGUAGUCAAGGGUAGGCAGCACGUUCCCAUCAGUACUGCUGAGGGAGCUGCAGGGCUGCUGCACGCCAUUUGGUUUAUGAAGUUUAUGAACUGCCAGCGGAAGAAAUGUGUUGGACAGCAUACUGAUUACUGAACAAGGAAGCCUGACGGAAACAACUGCCCAUAUUCUUCCAGAAUCACAGAAUCACUUAUGUUGGAAAAGACCUUUAAAAUCAUUGGGUCCAACUGCAUCAAUGAGAAUUAUAAGUGCCACAUUUUUUGGAAGUUCUUUACUAGUCUUUGCCAAUUUGAAUUCAUCACCUUUUAAAUCAAAGUCCUUGUGAGGACAUAUUGAAAUGCAAGACUUAACCUGUUCUGUGCACUCAGUCUUGGUAAUACAAAAGCAGUGGCUCAACCCAAAGCACAGGGGAUAUAAGUUUGAAUCACACUAACAUAUAGACCCUGGGACAGUCUGCCAAGAGAAACUUUGGAAUUAAUAUAAUCAGAGUUUCACAAAGCAAAAUAAAUCCUGGAUAUCCUCCCCAUCCUAUUGUCUCUGAUAUUUCUUUUUCCUCUGUCCGCUAAGAAAAGUACCCUCAUCCAUGUAAGCCUUCAGCUGACACAACAAUCUAAAACACUACAAUACUCUUCAACGACCUAGUGUUUUUCUUAUUAUAAGAACUAUACACUCAUUUCUGCGUGCACUCGAGCAUCUGCUAUUCAGCUGUCAAGACACUGUGAAGCUCUGCUUUUGCAUCAACAGGGAGACCGGGUUUGGUGUGGUUUUCGUCUGAUACAGUAGCUCGACAGCUCCUCGAGUACACUUUUCCAUCUCGCUUACGGCCCUCUGCAGGGCUGCGGCCUCCCGCUAAAAGAACGCAGACCUCGAAGGUCGUGCGGCCAUGUCACUGCUCCUGCUUGCACACCAUUCCUGGGAAGCUCCGGGUGACUCUCCUGAGUUUCCCGGGCACAAACUGUACCCCCUCUCUGGCUGACGGACGCGCAGCUGUUUCGGCCGCAGGUUGUUCGCUCUCUCCAUCCGAACCCCCGGGCUCCUCCUGGACAACGGCGCGGCUGCCCGAGGUCGCUCCCACGGCCGGGAACGAGCCGCUCCCCUCCAUCCCGGCCCCGUCGCUUCCUCGCCGUCGCACAACGCCCCGCGCCUUUCCGCUCCAGCUCCGCCUUUCCAUUCCGCGCUGCCAUGGCCGGGCCGCCGGCGCAGCCGGUCACGCAGCAGGUCGGGCGGGCGCGGGGCUGCGGGCGGCGGCCGGAGCAGGAGCGGCUGCGGGAGGCCGCCCGCUGCCUGGUGCUGGACGCGGACGGGAGCAGCGUCCCCUUCCAGGCCCUGUAUGCGGAGCAGAAAGCGAUCGUGCUGUUCGUGCGGAACUUUUUGUGUUACACCUGUAAGGAGUACAUAGAAGAUCUGGCAAAAGUCCCCAAGGCAUUUUUACAAGAAUCGAAUGUGAGGCUUAUAGUUAUUGGACAGUCAUCAUAUCAUCACAUCAAGCCCUUUUGCAGUUUAACUGGGUAUGCACAUGAAAUGUAUGUAGAUCCACAAAGGGAAAUUUAUAAAAUACUUGGGAUGAAAAGAGGUGAAGGUAAUAAAGCAUCAGUUAGGAGCCCUCAUGUGAAAUCAAGCAGUCUUCUGGGAAGUAUUAGGAGUAUAUGGAGAGCAAUGACUGGCCCAGCUUUUGAUUUUCAAGGAGACCCUGCUCAGCAGGGAGGAGCUUUGAUUAUAGGACCAGGCAACGAAGUUCAUUUUUUGCACCUUGAUAAAAACAGGCUGGAUCAUGUUCCCAUUAAUACAGUCUUGCAGCUGGCAGGAGUUAAAACAGUGAAUUUCUCAAACAAGCCCCAGAUUAUUGACAUAUGACACUGAAGUAAUGCAUACUUCUUUUAAAAUUUGUGCUCUGCAAGAACAGUUCUCCAGUGAAUUAUAACAAGCUUUGGUUAUGUUGCUUCUUUGUGGGACAUCUGAAACCUUAUGUAGAAAAUCAGAGCAUGGAAUAAACUACCUGACACUACAGAUGGAUACAAAAGUGCUGUUUCCGUUGAGUGCCAGAUAAUAAAAACUAAAACAAACUGAGACUGCAAAACAUCCUGGAGCUUAUUAUUGUCUCACCAGACAAACUUGCUAAUGUUUUUUUAAACAUCAUUGUUCAAGGUGCACUAAAGCAAGAAAUCAGAUUUUGCUCAGGAAGAACUUUGGAUUCUUGCCUUCAGCAGAUCUGCACUGGCUUUCAAUCGAAGACUUUUCACCACUGUUUUAAAGAUUCCAGCACUGUAUGAUAAUUUUGUAUUGAAAUACACCUUGAAAAGUCACAGUUUUGAACACCUGGACUUCAUUUGCAUCUGGCAGUGGCAGAAGUUAUGAAACACAUUUCACAAAUUUAAAAAAAUAUUUUAAAUACAUCAUCCUGUACUGUCUUCAAUUCUUUUGUGAUACAAAACCAUGGGUCUGUAAGACCAGAGAGAGAUGUGUCUUAAAUUUGUAUCUGAUCAGAUUAUCAGUUUUGGAGUAAGCCAAAUUAUUUGUGUUCCUAUGAAGAUUUGCAGCAGAAUGUUCUUCCUUUGUAUGUAUAUAUUUUCUCUCAGAGCAAGAGGCCUCAGAAUAAAUUGUUCUUAGUUAUUUCUGUCUUAGACAACUGAAGUAAGCAUAACAGCAUUCUUUCUGGUUUGCAGUUCUGGCAAAUUUCAUAUUAUUCAUUUAUCUGCAGAUGUUUAUGUUCAACAUCUAUUGGUUUCAUUAAAGUAGACGUGCUCUCUUUCAUCCAGGAUAGACUUCUUUAUAGCAAUUUAUAAAAAAAAAAAAAAAAAAAAAAAGUCCAAGGUUUAUGGAGGAGCAUAUCCUUCUCUGCAGCCUUUGAUUUUGACCCUCACUAUAAAAUGCUACCAUACAUACAUGUCUAAACUGCAAAUUUUCUCCCCUUUUAGGCUUUAAUGCAAUUGUGAAAUGGCAUUUUGUGAAGAUGUGUUUUUCUGCAUUCAUUAAGGUCACUGGCAGGCCCAGAGCAAGGUCUGGAAAGCUUUACACCAUUAAGAGCAUGUGAAAUUAAGUUCACUGUUCCUUGAUGGAAAAUAAAGGGCUUGCUUAAGAAACAUAACAAUACUGAACAACGUAGUUCUAUUAAAGAUACUAUGCCUCAGCAACUUAUUCAUUACACUCCUAUUUUAAUAUUACGUGUUUAGAAGAAGGAUUUUAUUAAUGGAAAAAUACAGUUGUCAGUUCCCUGCUUUGACUAAACAGCACUUUGCACAGGGCUAAAGGUAGUCAUGUGUAGACUCUGAACCCCUGCAUUUUCAGGGCUAGCCAGAGGCUUCCCCAAACUCAGCAUAACAGAGUGGGACAGGCAGCUCAGGCUCACAGGGGAGUGAAGUCUGCUUGUCAUGAACCACUGUUCCUACAGUCACAUAUAAGGAGCUGCCGCCUCCCUCCAGCACUCCCCCAGCUUAAUAAUAUUUUUCAGCAUACCAGGAACUCUGGAAUGCAUCUGCCUCUCUGCCUUAUGUUACUCAAACAACAGCCAAAAGCAGGCUGGAAAGCUGGUCAUAUGUUUGUAAAACAAAGACAAUAAACAAAAAUUAUUUUCAAAGACAA